UUGUUCUGCGUAUGCGUGCCAAUCUGAGUUGGUGUACUGUGCAGAAUCAACACAGGACAGCAGAAUUCCAACCUUGGAACUGGAAAUUGUGUGGAAUGAGAGUGUUAAUAGGAGGAGGAUCUGGGUUUGUGGGUAGAGAGCUGACCCGUUUACUCAAGAACAAAGGUCAUGAAGUCACAAUAAUAUCUCGACAGCCAGGUCCGGGAAAGAUCACAUGGGGUGAUCUGGAGUCUGGUGGCCUCCCACCAUGUGAGGGCGCUGUCAACCUGUCUGGAGAGAACCUUAUGAACCCACUGCGAUGGUGGAAUGAGGGUUAUAGGAAGGAUCUGUUCUCCAGUCGGGUUGACACAACCACAAUUCUGGCUCAAGCCAUUGCUGGGUCCCCCAGUCCCCCUCGUGCUUGGGUCCUUGUCACAGGUGUAGCAUGUUACAAACCCAGUCUAACAGCUCAGUACACAGAAGACAGUGAGUGGACGCCGUUUGACCUCCUGUCAAGACUGGUGAAGGAAUGGGAGUGGGCGGGGCGUCUUCCUGAAACCAUUGCACAGAAUACCAGACAAGUAGUAAUCAGACCAGGGGUAGUACUGGGCCGUGAUGGUGGUGCCAUGAAGCAGAUGAUGACUCCUUUCUGGCUAGGCCUUGGAGGCACGUUGGGGUCUGGCAGACAACCAUUCCCCUGGAUCCAUGUCUCUGACCUGGCUGGAAUCAUCGCUCAUGCCCUGGAGCCCUCUCCCAACACCCGCUCCUCUGCUGUCCCUCAAGUGUAUAACGGUGUCGCCCCUGCACUGAACACCAAUUACGAGUUCACCAAAGAGCUGGGCCGGGUUCUGAGGAGACCCACGGUCUUCCCUGUGCCUGGAUUUGUCAUUGAUGCCCUAAUGGGUUCAGAGAGAGCUGUAGUGCUAACCCAGGGUCAGAAAGUAGAACCAAAGAGGACUCUGGAGUCAGGCUUUCAGUACCAGUACCCAGACCUGAACUCUGCCCUGAGGGAGAUUGUUGGGAGUUAAUGUGAAACAGGAGACCUAAGGAGAUGUCAAGAGACUGAUGAGAUUAGAUUGUGACCUUUUUUCCUAAAUAAAUAUAAAAUGGACCCUGUUGUCUUCCAAAUAAAUGUUGUCCACUGCAAGAAAGGAA